AAGCUUAAUUUGAAGCGUAAAAAUAACACAUUAUCUAUUCGACUGCUAUUCGACCAAAUAUUCAAAACUCUUUUUGAAAGUGUCUCAAAGGAGAUAAGAACAAGAGGUAGAACUCUUUUUGAAAGUAUCUCAAAGGAGAUAAGAAUGAGAG